AUGAAAUAUUUCUUUGAAUACCACCAUUGGAUUGGUGCUGUUCAGCUGUGGGUAGAGAACGAUGGACAACCAAUAGCAACUGAGAUUCCGCACGAUAGAAGGCACAUAAAUGUUACAAUUGGGAACAAAAGGGUAAUCACCAUCAACUUACCUUGUGUUGUUGAUGUAAAUACGAAAGGGGAGGUUCAAAGAGGUAAACUAUUCAAUGUAAGACUUAAUGAAUUGAAAAGUGGUAAAACUUUUGAUAGAUCUUCGAAUCAUAUUAUGGAGAAGUUGGUUGCCAAAUGGAUGAGAAAAGAUUUGGUAAAGCAUCCAUUCGUUUUCUACUGUCUGGAUUGUGACACUCCUGUUAUCUCUUCAAUAAAUUGCAAAAGGAUACGGGAUAUGCCAUCAGAAUUUUGGGCAGACUUCAUGGAUUACUGGCACUGUCAUAAGCCGGAUAUGGAACCUCAUCAAAAAGGCCACCAUGUCGCAGCAUCGGAAACUUUGUUGCAUCGUUAUAAUAAUCCGCUGAACCCAGCAGUCGGUGAAAUUAUGUUGAGUGACAGCUUCAUAUAUAUCAACAAAGAUUGGAUCCCCGAGAAAUUUAUUUAUGAUGAAGAAUUAGUGCGUUCCAGGUCCUGUAACACAGUAAUUGGCUCGUUCACAAAAGAAGGUUCCGUUAGAAUUGGCAAAUGGAACUUAAGAGCUGAAAUUGGAGGAUUUUUGGAUGUGUUUGAUCCUUCAAAUUAUGUAUUGUAUCAGAUAUACAAUGAACUUAAAGCACAUUCUAUCAGAUUAUUCCAUUUAAAAGGAGACGACAAAAGAUACAUUAUAUGGGUUUUUGGUAUUGGUUCUUGUAUCCAGUUCGAUAAAUCGCGAAUGUUGAACAAUUGCCUCAAGAUUCUUUAUAGAGACGGAAAACCUGCUGAAUCAGAAAAGAAUCAGAAUAUCGCAGAGCUAAAAGUUGAAGAAAAUAGCGCCCUUAUCAAUUUCAUUCAGCACUUGGAAAGCGUCAAUAGACAACUUCCAGAAGAAUUGAGGCUUUUAAAUGAAUGGAAGGUUAGUUAUAUCUCUUGCGAAUAA